AUGUGCCCGUGCGAAGCCCCGGAGCCUUUGUCCUACAAGGAGAACAGGCUGUUUUUGAGCGGCCGGAUUCUUGCCCACGCCUCCCACGGAGUGGACCGGCGGCUGACUCUUUGGCAGCUCCUCAGAGGCCCAUGCUGCCUGGUGGGGCCAGGCCGAGGGGCAUCCAAUGGGCCCACGGCAGACACCCUGCCUGGCUGCUCCAUCAGUCAGAGAAGGGAGAGGGUGGCCCCGGGCAGUCUGGUGGACCGCCCUCUGACAGCUAAAGGAGCAGCCAGGGCGGGAGCUUGCUGUGGGCCCCCCAGCUGCCCCUCGGCCCUGCCCCACCAGGCCGCCCGGGACCACCACCGCCCUUCUCUGCCGACUGAGGUAAGUGGGCUGUGGGGGGCGCUUGAGGAGGCGUUGCCGCAGGUGCCAUCGUCUCCCGCUGCCCGUCUUUGGGGACGGAGCUGCUCUGUCUGCCGGGGAUUAGGCGCUGGGCGGGCCGUAGCCCAGGCCUCAAAGAGCCGGGGGACCACAGCGCGGCAUCUGGCCGGUGCCCCAGAGUCCGUGGCCAAGUCAGAGGAGGAGAAACUGGAGUCUGCUGGAACGCACGUGGCACGGGCCCUUUGUGUUCUCGGUUUUGAAUCAGCCUUUUCCCUCCCCACCCCAUUUUCUCGCCACAGAUUCCAAAAACAUGUCCAUACCUAUCGGAUUUUGCCAGACGAAGAGGACUUUCUGGCCGUGCAGACGUCUCAGGGGGUCCAGGUGAGACGGUUCAAGACCCUGAGCGACCUCAUUGCCUUGUACCUGCAGCCAAACCAGGGCCUCAUCUGCACCCUCCUCUUCCCCGUGGAGCGGGAGAAGGAGAAGGAGUAUGUGGAAGACCGAGACUAUUCAGAUGGGGAAGAUGAGAAACCCCCGCUGCCGCCCCGCUGUGGAUCCACCACCAUUCCUUUGGGCAGUGCCACCCUUGGCGUUGCUAGCAACACCCCUGCUGUGCAGGACGGAGUCCUUGAAAGCACGACCAAUGGCCUCAGCACUGUUUCCCACGAGUACUUGAAAGGGAGCUAUUCCCUGGAUCUGGAGGCGGUCAAAGCCGGAGCCAGCAGCCUGCCCCACCUCAACAAAACCCUCGUGGCCUCCUGCAAACGGCUGCACAGCAUAAGUGAGCUUUGUGGGGAGGAUCUAAUGGCUGUUCUCCCCCGCCCCCCCGCCCCAAUCCUUUUUUGCUCUCAGGUAAAGCUGGACUUGACGCUGGGCGACCUCACCAAGAUUGGGAAGUCCCAGAAAUACACCCUGAGCGUGGACGUGGAGGGCGGGAAGUUGGUGGUCCUCAAGAAGCAAAAGGACUCUCAGGAAGACUGGAACACCUUCACCCACGAUAAGAUCCGUCAGCUGAUAAAGUCUCAGCGGGUACAGAAUAAACUGGGCAUCGUCUUCGAGAAGGAGAAGGAUAAGACCCAGCGGAAGGAUUUCAUCUUUGUCAGCGCCAGGAAGCGCGAGGCUUUCUGUCAGCUCCUGCAGCUCAUGAAGAACAGACAUUCCAACCAAGACGAGCCGGACAUGAUUUCAGUCUUCAUCGGUACAUGGAACAUGGGCAGUGUGCCCCCGCCCAAAAACAUCACUUCGUGGUUUGCCUCAAAAGGCCUCGGCAAGACGCUGGACGAGAUGACCGUCAGCAUUCCCCACGACAUCUACGUGUUCGGCUCCCAGGAGAACUCCAUGGGGGACAAAGAGUGGGUGGACUUCUUGCGGGGGAUCCUGAAGGACUUCACGGAGAUUGAGUACCGGCCGAUAGCCAUGCAGUCCCUGUGGAACAUUAAGAUCGCCGUCCUGGUGAAACCGGAGCACGAGAACCGGAUUAGCCACGUCAGCACCUCGUGUGUGAAAACUGGGAUUGCCAACACUUUGGGCAACAAGGGGGCCGUGGGGGUCUCCUUCAUGUUCAACGGCACCUCCUUCGGCUUCGUCAACUGCCACCUCACCUCCGGCAACGAGAAAACUGCCAGGAGAAACCAGAAUUACCUGGAUAUUCUGCGUCUCCUUUCUCUGGGCGACAAGCAGCUGAGCUCCUUCGACAUCUCCCUGCGCUUCACUCACCUCUUCUGGUUUGGGGACCUUAAUUACCGUCUCGACAUGGACAUUCAGGAAAUCCUCAACUACAUCAACCGGAAGGAGUUCGAACCUCUCCUGAAGGUGGACCAGCUCAACUUGGAGAAGGAGAAACACAAGAUCUUCUUGCGAUUCAGUGAGGAGGAGAUCACUUUCCCUCCCACGUACCGCUAUGAGAGGGGUUCCCGCGACACCUACGUGUGGCACAAACAGAAGCCCACCGGGGUAAGUCUCUCCAAAUCUUCGGACCAGGCGUACAUCGAGUUCGAGAGUGUCGAGGCCAUUGUGAAGACAGCGAGCAGGACCAAGUUCUUCAUCGAGUUCUACUCCACCUGUCUAGAAGAAUUUAAGAAGAGUUUUGAGAACGACUCACAGAGCAGCGACAACAUCAACUUCCUGCGGGUGCAGUGGUCAUCUCGGCAGCUGCCCACGCUCAAGCCGAUCCUCUCAGACAUCGAGUACCUCCAAGAUCAGCACAUCCUCUUGACGGUCAAGUCUUUGGAUGGCUACGAAUCCUACGGUGAAUGUGUCAUCGCUCUCAAAUCCAUGAUUGGCAGCACUGCCCAGCAGUUCCUCACCUACCUGUCGCACCGAGGAGAGGAGACGGGCAACAUCCGGGGGUCCAUGAAGGUCCGCGUCCCGGCCGAGCGGAUGGGCACUCGCGAGCGUCUCUACGAAUGGAUCAGCAUCGACAAGGACGAAACCGGAGCAGCCAAAGGAAAGCUGCCGCCCCCAGCCCCGCGGACCAACCCGGAGCACUCCAAGUCAUUUGGGAAAAAGCAUUCCUGUGGAGAAGCUGCCGGGACGGCUGCCGGCCCCUCCGGAAAGCUCUUGGAGGAUCUUGAGAGGCCCGGGGCCCUGACGGCCGCUCGCCCACCAGCUCCGCAUCGCGGCACCUUCAAAGACGAGGCCUCCCAGGGCAGAGCCAAGCAAGACGCCACCCUGGACACAGAGGGAGCGCCUCUGAAGAACAGCUUCAACAACCCGGCCUACUAUGUGCUGGAGGGGGUCCCACACCAGCUGCUGGUCUCGGAGCUUCCCGCCGUGAGCCUGGCCAAGCCCCCCACCCCCCGGAACAAAGUCCAGAUCACGGUGCCCAUCCACCCGGAACACCGGCGGGCCCAGCAGCCCCCCUCUCGAGCCGAGGAGAGCUCCGAAGAGGAGGACCCGGGCGUCCUCAACCUGCCGCCCCCUGACUUCCCGCCCCCACCACUGCCGAAGUCGGUGGAGUUUGACGUAACGGAUAGUUCCUUAUACACUGCCGUCGGGGGCCGGGGGGAGGAGCCUGGGACAGGCAAGCCCCGCCCCUCCGUGGCCUUCAGUGAGCCUCUGGAGGCCAAGCCCCCCAAGCUGCACCCCAGGGCCACCCCGCCUCUCGGGCCCAGCUUCCUGAUGGAGCCUCCCGGCACACCGCCAGCCCCGGCCGACCUCCUGGACGACCGGUCCUGCUCGGUGCUCCAGAUGGCCAAGACGCUCAGCGAGGUGGACUACCCCAGCGGAGGCAGCCCCGGGCUGGGGCGGGAGCAGCCGAGUCGGCCCCCCGCGCACCCCCUGACCAAAGUGAGGCUGGAACUCCCCCACCGGUGCCUGCACCCGGACUACAGUCGCCCCAUUGCCUUCCCUCCCCGCUCCAUCCGUGAGAGCAUCAAAGAAGACUUGGCAGAAGAGGCUCUGGGCCAGGACGGGCGCAGCAGCUCCAGGCAGAGUGAGUCCAGCGUGGGGGAGUGGCUGCGAGCCAUUGGCAUGGAGAGAUACGAGGAGGGCCUCAUCCACAACGGCUGGGACGCGACACAGGAGUUCCGCAGCGACAUCACUGAAGAGGACCUGGAAGAGGCCGGCGUGGUGGACCCCCUCCACAAACAUCUCCUCCUGGAGACCCUGAGGCUCAGGAAGUAGCUGGGGCCUCCCGUGCCGUCACUCUUGGGCCCCCGUGCCAAGGCUACGGACACGCCUCCUUCCUUGUGGCUUUUAGAGUCCCCUCCCCCUUCCCCCCUAACCCGCCCAGCACAACGUAAGGACGGCUUCCACCGCUUUGGCAUGUGGAAGAGCGCGUCUCCCCCUGGCGGGGAGGAGCAGAUGGUGGAACCUCCUGGAGACAAUCGCAAGGAGCAUCAGCAAGAUCUGAUAACCAAGAGGAGGCCGUUCUAAACACAGUGAGGUUGCCGAAGACACCGUGUAGAUCAGAGGUGUCCAACUCUGGCGCUUCCGAUGCUCAUGGACUACAAGUCCCAUCAGCCCUUGGGGCUGAGCUCAUGAACUACAAGCCCCAUCAGCCCUUGGGACUGAGCUCAUGGACUACAAGUCCCAUCAGCCCUUGGGGCUGGUGGGAAUUGUAGUCCAUGAGCAUCUGAAGCGCCAGAGUUGGACACCCCUGGCAUAGAUACUUCACUGCCCUACACACACACACACACACCCCACACACAGAACAUCUGGCUUCCGGGCAGAGUUGGGGCCCAGGUGAAAGGCCAAGCGUGGUCCAGGCAAAGGUCACCCUGAGUGGCCGAGGCCAAGCAUUUCAGAACGGCAUCCCUCGCCUCCAUCUCCGCUGCUGGUUAAGUUAUUCUUAUUUAUUGCAACAAGGGAAGGAUUCUUGCCCCCCCCACUCCAUUUCAAAGAGCCCCCGCCUCCUCUCCUGCUCAUCCAGGGUCCCGAGACGAGUGCCACCACGCGCUGCUCGGCCGGCGGCCGGGGCUUCCCUUCCAGACUUGGAAGCGCCCUCGUCCUUUGCUGCCCACACACAAGCGGCCCUCUCCUGGGACUUAGGAACGGCAUGCCGCUUGGAUAGACCGAGGCUGAGUGUGUGGGGCCCCCCAAGUGAAACGCGGGGUUGAAGAGGGGCCGGUUGGGAGCCCAAGGACUCUGUUGGGAGCUCUUCGGAGACAUUGGACGUUCCGACACCCGUCGGCCUCCGGGACAGGAGUCGUGGGAACCGAACCUCCGUGGGACGUCCGGAGCGCCUUGCCUCUUAAAGGUCUCCGCCUGCGUGACCAGCUGCGACACGAAACAUUGCUAGUUCCUGCCGAGGAAUCCUUGCUCUGUUUUUUUUGUUUUUACUGCGGCCCUCGGGGGCCCACCAAGUGGCAAUAACAUUUUGCUUCUGUGCCUUCCGCUUCGACGCCUCUGGCCUUAAAUACGACCUCCCUCCCCCUCCAAGGACACCCCCUCGAUACCCCCGUCAACGUCCAAAUUAAGCUCAGGUGGCCCUAAAGGUGCAGACCGAAAGCCCACCAGCCAGGUGAUGUGGGCAGGUCUUCUAGCCACAAAGAGGUUGGUUUGUUUCAUUCCAGGUGUUGGGACAGGUAAGCAAGCAGUGGGAUCCUCCCCAUAAUGCCAUUCCAGCGUGGGCGGGUCUUACAAGAAGACCCUGCCUCCCGAAGCACCAUGGAGCAGCCAAUCACAGGAGGCUGAGCAGGCCAGAGAGGGCGGGGCUACCUGCCAGAGCCUUCGCCAGGAAGAGUUCGCCUCCUGUAUUUUUUUCUACUUUAGAGGUGUGAGCAGAGCCGUAGCGAGGGGGGACUGCGCCUGGGGCAUGUGUGUGCCCUUCGCCCCUGCCACACCCAGGAAUACCCCUGCUGCACACCCCGCACCAGCAUGUGCCUAGGGCAAAUGCCCCACCCUACCCCCUGGGCGCUACGCCACUGGGUGUGAGAUUUAGUUUCCCCGUGCCCCGACCAAGUCAUAAAACUGAGAGUCUGUCCUCUUCUCAUCCCGGUUGGCCAUCCCAGCAUGCAUUUAUGGGCCACGGGGGUGGGGGGGCAGGGGAGGUGAAGAAGGAUGAGGGGAGAAUCCAGGCGAUUCCUCUCCUCUCCCGGCGUCCCUUUCUUGGCAUCCCACAGGUAUCCAUCUGGCCCAACCCCGUUUGCAAACAAUCGUAAAGCUCUGCUUAGGGUGCCAUUUUAUUCUCGGUGGGAGGGAAGCUGCCAAAGUCCGGUUCUGUGUGCGACUCCUGCCCUCUCAGUGGAUGCAAACCGUGUGCCUCGUAGGGAACGUAACAGGCCUUAAGCACAGGAGGGUCGGCAGAGGGCCCGGCUCGGAGGCCCUGUUCAACUCUGCUCAACCCAUAUAUGCACAACCAUCUUGUCACCAAGUGCCUUUGUUUAUAGUAGGGGUGGCCAACUUAGGGUGCUCCAGAUGUUUGUGGACUACAAUUCCCAUCAGUCCCUGCCAGCAUGGCCAAUUGGGAAUUGUAGUCCAUGAACAUCUGGAGCACCCCUGGUUUAUAGCAUCCCAGUAGAUGUUUCGUGUGUGUCGGAAGCUGUGCGAGAGACACGUGUUAUAUUUUUGCACCCUAACGACGAGCUAGUCUCUAGGACUGAAAUGAAGGAUCUCUCUCCCCCGGCCAUUUUUUCCGCUGCAAGAUUGCCAUGAUGCGUGGGGGGGUGGGAGGUGGGGGGGUAGAGCAGAUAACUGGUCUGAGUUGCUGCCUCCCAAUCAUACCCCCCCCCCCGGGGUCUCUUUUUAGUUUGGUGUGAGUUUAAUCCCGACUAAAUCGUUCUUCUGUGUUUAUCUUUUAUGUGUAUGGGCGUGCCUGGUUUCUUUUUUUUUAAUGUUUAAUUUAAUUGUUAUUUGAAACGCUCUUUUUAUGCUUAAAAUUUCACAGGGUCGGGGGGAGAAUUGCCAGUGUCCCCCCCCCACCAAAUGUUCACAUUUCAUGUCUUAGUUUACCACAUCCUGAUCCAAUAAAAGGGCUUGUUUGCAUUUAAAA